UUGUCAAUGGACGCCAGAUCUCGCCCAGCCAUGAACGCUUGCUAGGCCGCGGGAUUUAGCUGCGGAAGGUCUACUAGGAAUCAUCCCCAGGUGUUCCCGCAGGUGCAUUCGCCUUCGAAGACCUUGCAACCGAGAUGCCUCCCAAGCGCAACAUUGCAGCGGAAGAUGUGGAUGAAGCGGAUGAUGAUGAGGUGGAGAGGUUGAUCAACAAAGAUGAUGAUAUAGCAGAUGAUGAUGAAGACUUCUUCCUCAAGGGUCCUUCCAGCAAAAAAACUGUUCGAUUUGCUUCAGAUAAACUGAAAGAUGUGAGGGUGCAGAUUGCUGAGGUAACUGAUGUAAUGCGAGAUAAUGUUGGGCGGCUCUUGGAAAGAGGAGACCAGCUGGACAAUCUCCAGGAUCGAUCAGAGGGACUUGCAACCACUUCUGAUCAAUUCCGAACCACAGCAACCCGCUUGAGACGCAACAUGUGGUGGCAGAAUACACGUGCAAAACUUUGCAUUGGGGUCACAGUAGCUGUCAUUUUGCUAUUGAUAUUUAUUCCAGUCAUUAUCAAGAUGAAUUCCUAGACCAGCCAAAGCAACAUGUGCAAUCUUUCAUGGUAAUGGAACCCUAGUCUGAUCCUCUGUAGAGAGAGGAUAAAUUUUCUAAUUCUACAGCUCAUUUUGGCAUUUGAACUUAAUGUUACCAAGGGUGAUCUGUAUAUUUUUACAGAGCAAAGUUGAAUAUUGAUGCAGCUAUAUUAUUUUGGAAUAUUGCAUGGAUUACUGCAACUUUGGAAGUUCUUACAUUUGAAGACCUUUCACCAUGCUACAUCACAUGGCAUUGUCUCAAACACCUGAAUGUCUUGCAUUGAUAUCUUGCAAAUUCCAAGACUUCAGAGUGAGUAGACAGAUUUUAUUAUUUUGAUUUUGUUCUCAAAAGAUGUAGUAUCCCUCUUUGUAUACUUUUGGAAGUUUUAAUUUUACAUUGUAAUUUAUUGUCAGGUUUGCUUGGUAUGGUAAUAUGAAUAACAAACAUGCUUAUCAGAAUGUCCUCUUUGUAUUAUAGAGUACUGAAAUGUAUCAGUACAGGAAUUUUUAACCUGUCAUGGUUUCAUGACAGAAAUCAAGUAAAGCCAUAUAGUUAUUAAUGAUAUAAGAAUGUUCAUAUUUAUGUGGCAUAUCAUAUUAUCACAUGUAUGCCCAAAUAGUCUAAACCCAGUAAAACCAGUUCAAAGUCUUGGUAAGGUCAGGCAAGGACAGGUGUUCAUUAGUGCACACUGCUACAAGCUUGGGCGAUUGUCCCGCCUGUGGUAAGGUGUGUGAGUCCUCCUCUCAAUUGGGACAUUGACUUGUGACAUGAUUAUGCAUCACCUGGCAUCUUGUGAUUAUUGGUCAUAGCAUGGUAGCAUGUAUCCUGUCACUAAAGGUUAAUAUGUUUAUAUUGCAGUCAGCAUAGAUCUUAAAAGCAUGAUGUAUCCAUGUUCAAGCUAAUUUUUUUCAAGGGAUUGAAUUAGUAGAUGUUCUUAUGGUAACCAACCAGAUUUUAGCAUAAUUCCCUCUUGAUAUGAUAUAGUUUCAGUUUCAUAAAUUAUAUGCAUCUGUGUACUAGAUAAGCCAUAUAAAACAUCAAAAACAUAUUUAUGUUUUAAUUAUAUAUGUAUAUAUUUUGCUUAGGUAUAUAGGUUACUUUCUAGCAUUAUUAUUUUCUGCUCAUAACUUUUGCAACUUUAUUCUUUCAGAUUUGAUAUGAAAAGGAUUCACUUGGCAUAGAUACAUUCAUUAAAAAACAAGUUGUAUUUUGUUGUACUUUCUUAUUACUACAAUGAUUUUUUUAAAACAAUUUAUUUAUUCUUAUUUGUUUUCUAGUCUUCCUGCUGUCAGAUAAUUGGCAAAGUGAGAUCUCUCAAGAAUGUUUUGUCUAGGUGGGAAUUAUUGAUGUCAACCUGAAUUGGCCAUAUACCAUACCUUGUAGUAAGGAAGGUGUUGUUUGUCAGGAGUAGCUAAUUUUACUGGGUAUAUCUGGAGACUUAAUAGCAGCCAAAGUAGUGGUUGGUACAUUUGUAACUGAACAAAUUUGUGCAAUUUACUUAUUGAUGGCUGUGUUUCUUUCAUUUAUUUUAGUCAUGUAAAAGCUUUAAGAUACAAGGUUUACUUUGGUGAAGAAAUAGAUUGUUUGUAAUUUAGGUAUAAAUGAUCAAAUUUUUAUUCUGUGUUACUACCUAUAAUUAUUUAUUGCAAGAGGAGAUAAAAUGUAUUGUGUAUGUUAGAUUGACAUUUUGCAUGUGAAGUAGGGAAAACUAAGUUCAAUGCAUAUUUACAUGUAUAAAAUCUCAAUUUUGAAGGAGUCAUGACAAAGCACAUUUCAUUAGUGGUCUUGAUAGCAAAAUACAUAAUUGUCUUACAUUUGUAUAUUACUUUUGAUAUAUAUAUUCAUUUCAUGCUACACUAGUUAUGAAUGUCAGAAUAUGGCAUUCACACACACAGACACACACACAGACACACACAAUGGCAUUCACACACACAGACACACACACAGACACACACACAGACACACACAGACACACACACAGACACACACACACACACACACACACACACACACACGCACGCACGCACGCACACACACACACACACACACACACACACACACACACACACACACACACACACACACACACACACACACACACACAUACACAUACACAUACACAUACACAUACACAUACACAUACACAUACACACACACACACAUAUACACACACACACAUAGACACACACACACACACAGAGUUAAUGCUGCAGAGUAAGAUUAUAUAUUUGUCUUAGUUUGGAAUAGUAGACUUGAUAUGGUUAUAGAUUAGAAGCUGAUCAGGAUGUAGAUAUCAUGCUCAGUCUGCAUAUUUAUGUAACAUAUCACACAAUUUCAGAUCUACGUUUUUGCUAGGCAAACAUCUGAAACUGUUAUGUGAAUUGUAUAUAUAUUUUGUUCUGUUCUUUCACAUAUCCAAUAAUGUCAAAAGGAAAAAAAGGCAAUAUGGAAGAGGUGCAUUAUCUGUUACCAGUGCAUAUCAGUUGUGUCAGUAUCAUAUGUAGGUGGUGUGACUACUCUGCAUUUGAUCCCUAUUGAACAAAUAAAGGAGCUUUUAUUGUUGUAAUUUAUUGACUGUUAAUAUACUGUCAAGAUGUAGCAUUGGUUGUAAUUUGCUCUACAUGUAUUGUGGUUCCAUAUUGAAUUGUGCUUAGUCAUGGUAUCUAUUUUGGAGGUCAAGUUAAAGAUUAUAAAUAGAAAUGGUAGAGCAAAAUCACCUGAUUUGAUGAACUUCAUAAAAUAUUCUUCCAUCAAACUGGAUUCUCAAUUUUUGUAAACAAAGCAAUGAUUAUGUCAAAGUCCUUUCUGGCUCUGUUGCUUCUUCAGGGCAAUAAAUUGAAAAAGACCUGGAUUACUGGUGAGGUUUCCAGCUCUUUGUUUCAUUGCUCUGUUUACCAUUUGAUCAACAGGAAUCUUCCACAUUCUCGUUUUUGCAGAUUUGGUUCUGCAAAUUACAAAAUAGCAAUCAGUGGUCUCAUUUAUUUUUAAGGAAACUUGACUUAAGUUGUAGGUUAACUGUGAAAGUGUGUAUUCAGUCAAAGGAUGUUUUAAUAAUAUUUUAUCCAUUCAAGUUGGGGCACACAUAUACCCAUAUUAUUCAUCUGUAUCCAUGUUCAGCUCUGUGGAUGUCCCAUAUCUAAGAUUAAGCUUAUUUAUUAAAUUUAUUUUGAAAUAAAAUUGUUUGAAUUAUAAAUCUAAGAAAAACUCCAGAGAAUGUGACUGUCUUGAUAAUUUAGAUUUUUGUUGUCGCAAGAAGAUAGCAGCAUUUAGAAAUUGCUAUUGGCAGUUUUGGACAGACGAAAGUCAGCAUGCUAAUCUGAUUUUUAUUUUACAAUUAGAAGUACUUGGUGCUGUGUGUGUGUCAUGGUCUGGAAGUUAUAAUCUUUUCUAUAGUAUUAAAUGAAGACAUUGUAAAAAUUGUACUUAUUGUAGUAUAAUAUUUUUUCAUUUUGUUGAGAGUGAAGUGGUAAGUGCACAAAAAAGAAAAUACACUAAUCAUAUGCAUACCUAAAAAUUUUAUUGAUUGAAUUUGAGAUAGAUGAAGCUCCUGCUUAAAUUACUUAGACAGAACUGAACAACAGGAUAUUUUGCACUACCAUUGCUGUAAAACUUGCCUUCUAAGUAAGUAAUAGCUAAUUUGUCUGUGUAUAAAGUCAUUAAUAUGUACAUUUGUUCAAACUAUCAAUAGGCCCAACUCAGGUUCACAUGCCCUUACUUACAUAUUUCAUGUGAAGCUAAAUGCAAUUUUUAAAAACUUUUAUACUGUAUGAAUAUGAAUGAAAUUAUAAUGAGCUUAUGAACAUGUGAACUUUUACUGCUUCUAGAAUAUAUGUAGUUACUUAUCAACGCUUUUAUAAGAGGAUUAUUGAAGCAUAGAGGCACAUUUGAAAUUAUGCUUUUAAUUUAGAAAUGCUUUGAUAUUAUUGCAUAUCUGUAUAUUAGAUUUAUUUAUUUCCCUUUUUGUUUAACCCAGAUCCGACGGGCACUGCAUGUACGUACAUGCCAUGCCCACUGUGAGUUUACCUUAUUAAUUGUUUUAACACAUAGAUGGCUACACUUGUACUAAGUCACCAAUGAGCCAGUUACGAGUAAUGCGUCUCGCCUGUUUACCCUUUUCCUUGAUUUUUGGAAUAUUUUACAUUAUCUGAUAUUGAUGUUACUAAUGUCUAUAACAUUAUAGUAAUUAUAAAGUCUAUAAUAAAAAUAACAUCAUCAAUAUUCAUAGCAUUAGUAGAAAUCAAAUUUUCCUGCCAAUUUAAGGAAAGGUGAAAUCAGGUAAGGUCACAAGGUCUACCAAUUGACUCCUUUGUGGCAAAGCACUAGCAGAGGCAUGUAUGUGCAUAGAAUUUUCACAAAAUGAUAAAAAAUGAGCACAGCAUUUUCCCGGCGGCAUUGAGUUAACGUUGCAUUUUAGCACACUGCACAAUUUUACUGUAUUUGCACUUCAACAAAAUGACAGGGGUAAAUUCAGUUACUCUUUACUAUAUAUAUAUAAUAAUAAGAUUUAAAGGGUUUUAUGAUAGGACUUAUCUUUGCUCUUUUUGUUACGAAUAUUGUGAUUAGACAUGUGCUAACAGAGUAUUGUAUUUGUGGAGUUCCCUGCUGAAGUGAAAGGAGCAUUAUACAAGAAAAUAACAAAUCAAGUAAUGUUAGAUCAUUGCUUAUAUCUGCUUCAAAUCAAAACCCAAGUGGAUGUUGGACAAAUGAGAAUACUGGCAUGGUCAAUGUUAAUGUCAUAGAUGUUAUAAAAAAAGAAAAAAAUAAUUAGGAAAGUAAAAUUGCAUCUGAAAAAGAGGAAGAUUGCCUAGCAGCAGCAAAGAAGGCUUAUUUUGCUUACUAAUUGGCUGGAAGUAAGGACCAUUUUGCCUGUUGGUUGGCUGAAGGCAAGGCUGGAGGAGCUUAUUUUGAUUAUUGAUUGGCUGGAGGAGAGGCUUAUUCUGCCUGUUCAUUAGCUGGAAAGGAAGCUCAUUCUGCCUACUAAGUGGUAGGAAGAGAAGCCCAUUCUCUUUACUGAUUGGCUGAAAGGGAUGUUUAUUCUCCUUUCUGAUUGGCUGAAAGGGAGGCUUGUUCUGCUUAUUGAUUGGCUAGAGGUAUCACAACAAUAAGCCGAUGGGUUUGUCUCUUUAUACCUAUGCCUAACUACCACCUAGAGCCUAAUACUGCCAUUGUAUCUGACACUCUUCCUAGGCACUUCAUAGCAUCUGAGUAGUGUACUAGUGAAAGGAAAAUCAUACCUCAGAAUCAACCAUACUUCAGAAUUAUGCUUACCUCAGUUCAGCAGCGAGCGCCACAUUUUCCCUAUACAAACGUUGAAUUGGAAGCCUGUGUGAUUGAAAAUAUACAAUAUUAAAUAUCCUAAGUAAACAAAUGAAGACAGAUAUAUCUAUUUCCUAUAUGAAAGUUUCAGUACACUAUAUAACACUGUUUAUAUGUAAACACAUUAUCAACUGGAAAUAUACAAGAUGUUAAUGUAUCUACCCCUAAGUCAUUCAAACAAUCCUCUGAAUGGUAAUGGAUAAAACCAAGUCCUUUUUUUUUCAACAUCUGUGAUUGUGUGGCUGUAUGUAUAUAGUGGUAAUAAAAAUUUAAAAUGU